AUGGUGCAAAGAAACUAUGUGUCUAACCAAAAUGGACAAUCGCCUUUCUAUCGCCGCCUGAGGUUGAAUUUCGUCGGCCACAGCAAGCACCUAUUGCAUGGCAUGAAAACUGCCUACGAUGAGUUUACCGGUAACGAUGAAAUCAUUGAGUGCCAAAAAAAUAUGAACAAGAUUUUGAACGAAUUUGCUGUUUUAAUGGAGGUACGCAACGCUUGCGAGAGCGAAUUAAUCGACGUUAAAAGCAAGAUCGCAGACGUACAUGCUGCUCAGCAUGCGAUCAGUCGAGAGGAUGAUAAAUUCAUGGAUCUUAUAAUCAAAGAAUUUAAGCUUUUUUCAGAAAAACAGCGCUUGGAGAGCCAAGUAGACAUCAUAAACCAGAGACAGCAAAAACUUUUCCUGCGGUUUUCGCUUGUCAGCAAUUAUAUGCACACUAAGGAGCGCCAGAAGGCUAGUAUUGAGCGUCUGGUCAAACUAGGCUUAGUGGCGAUUGCAACGUUCUUUUGAUUUCUGGGAAACACCGGCUACAAUCUUAACAACGAUGCUGCCAUAAAGAAGCACAUGGACAAACAGUCGAUGAUGUUAAGCAAAGUUUUAUAUCACAUCGAAGAAGAACGAUCAAGCAAGGCACAGGAUAAGGAGUCCUGUGCAAGCUAUCUUUACCGACAACCAGGUCGGUUUUACGGAUAUAUGUUUCGCAAACAAUCGAGCGAAUCAUGGGGAAGCAGUUUGUCUCGUCAGCCGGUUCGACUAUACCGGUAUUUUUUCCAAAGAAACAGUGAGGAGAAAGCAUUGCUGUUUCAAUAA